AUGGAUGGAAACUACAUAUCUGGAAGCAUACCAAAAGGGUUUGAGAACCUCAUUAGCUUAGAGUAUCUAGUAUUGAAUGAGAACAUGCGCAAAGGAAGCAUUGCUGAACGUAUUGGGAAGCUUUCCAAGUUGCAAGAAUUGUACCUAUACAGAAAUAACAUCUCAGGAAAAAUUCCAUCAUCCAUUGGCAACAUUUCUCAAUUAAAUAUCCUUGCCUUGCAAGAAAAUAUGCUAGAGGGAAGCAUACCUGAUUCUUUGGAUUAUAAUCACUUGAGUGGACCACUACUGCCAGAGGUGGGUAACUUGAAAAAUUUAGGAAAAUUGCAGAUUUCAGGCAACAAGCUCUUUGGAAAAAUCCCAAGCACUAUUGGUGAUUGUCUAGUGUUGGAAUUCCUACGUAUGGAUGGCAACUCUUUUGAAGGUGAGUUGCCAUUCAUUCAAAAUCUCAACCUCUCCUAUAAUAUGUUUGAGGGUGAAAUUACAUCUGAAGGAGUGUUUAGGAAUAUCAGAAGAUCAAAGAAAAAGACUUCUUCAGAAUGUCCAUUGGGAAAUCAGUAUCCAACACUCACUUACGCAGAACAUCUUGAAGCUAAAAAUGGAUUAUCUUCCACCGACUUGAUUGGUGAGGGAAGAUAUCGUUCUGUCUAUAAAGGAAUGCUCAAUUCUGGUGAACAAGUAGUUGCUGUGAAGGUGCUCAACCUUCAACAACAUGGAGCCAACAAGAGUUUCCUGGCUGAAUGUGAAGCAUUGAGGAACAUUCGCCACCGCAAUCUGCUCAAGAUUAUUACAUCUUGCGCAAGCAUAGAUUUUAAAGGAAACGAUUUCAAGGCUUUGGUCUUUGAGUCGAUGCCAAAUUGGAGUUUAGAGAGCUGGUUACACCCAACUUUAUCUGAGCAAGAGGACUUGAGUUCAUCUGUGCUACCAGACUCAAUGAGCUUGAACCUAAUCCAAAGGCUAAACAUUGCCAUUGAUGUGGCCUCUGCAUUGGAUUAUCUUCACCAUCAUUGUGAAACAACAAUGAUUCAUUGUGAUCUAAAGCCAAGUAACGUUCUUCUUGACAGCGAGCUCUGUGCCCAUGUUGGUGAUUUUGGUCUGGCGAGGUUUCUUAUAGCUACCAAAGAUAAAUCUGAUCAUACAUAACA